AUGGUCGCUGUGGUUACCAUGGUUGUUGUGGUUACCAUGGUCGCUGUGGUUACCAUGGUUGUUGUGGUUACCAUGGUCGCUGUGGUUACCAUGGUUGUUGUGGUUACCAUGGUCGCUGUGGUUACCAUGGUUGUUGUGGUUACCGCGGUUGCCGUGGAGAUGGCAGAGGCUGACACAGACCUGACCGUGUUCGAGGGCUCCUCCCCGGGGGACGUGUGCCGCGCACGGCAGCUGUGGAGCUCUCUGUCCCUGCUCCCUCCUCAGGAACCCCGCCUGGAGUCUGCGGACAUCCUCCAGAGACUCCCGGUGUCCAGGCCCCAGCCACGGAGAGGCCACCGCGGAGCCACGGCCACGGCCACCGGCGACCCCCGGAGCCUGAAGGAGGAGAGGCGGGAGGCGCAGGAGGAGGAGAGGAGGAGGUACCAGGCCAUGGCCGAGAACCGCAGGCAGGUGCUGGGGCUGCUGAGGAAGCAGCGGGAGCAGAGGAUCCAGAGAGAAAUGGUUUCUAUCGACUUUAACCCGAGGCCAAAACAAGAGGAGAAAAGAAUUAGUCGAAACGAAGAUGGAAGUGACCAUGACCGAGACCUGGUCCAGCAGCUGUCAUGA